GCCACGCCCCUCCCCACUUCACUCGCGCAUCAACAUGGCGACGUGCAGAAAGAUGGAGCGCAGCAGGAGAAACAUUUGUGCCCUUUCUGCGUUGGUUUUCCUCUACAUGUUAGCCGGCAGCUGCCUGUCAGCUCCCAUUAUACCGUCAGCACCAACAGCCACCAACAACCACGAUCCGGUGGCAGUUGAGUCUCAAAAUGUGACCGGUGAGGACAAGGACACAAAUAAUUCACCACCCGAACUGAGUGCAGCAAAUUCAACAGACCCCAAGAACUCUGCAACAACUGCAUUUGCAGCUCCUGAAAACAACAGCGUGAGUCCCACUGUAACAAAACUGCCUAAAGAUGCGCAGGACACAGGCGUGCAUGUCAUAGCCGAGUCUGAUCCCUCUGCAGAUGAAGAUAAAGUUAAAGAUAAAGAUGAAGAUGAAGAGAAAGAGAAAGAGAAGGAGAAGGAGAAAAUAAUGGUCAGCAGUCAAGACCCCAAAACCGUUGUGGAGAAGGAAGACAAUACUGCUCAACCAGAUAAACCUGCAGUUAAGGACGGCAGUAGACUUUCUACUCCCGCAGUUAUUACCCCCACCACCACCACAACAGAACCCACUGACACGACACCUUUAUCAGAAGAGACACAGGCAGUUAAGACUGAUUCAGACCUGGAGUCUGAACCAGUCCCUGAUUUAGAGGAUUAUCCAGAUGAGGACGUCAAAGACGACGAUGACGACGAGGAGGACGACGACGGCGCUUAUGGGGAGACCGACGAUGCGGACGACAUCACCAAUAACGUCAGUAUUGACAACGAGUAUAACAGUGAAGUUAAUGACUUCAAAGUUCAGAAUCUGAACACAAACCGGAAUGCGGGCAAGAUGGAGGUGCCCAUUUACAAGGGAGCGGAAAUCUACAACACCGAGGAGGAGGAUUCCCACUUCUUCAUUCAUCUAGUCAUCCUGGUCUUCCUGGUCGCCAUUAUCUACAUCACUUAUCACAACAAGAGAAGGAUCAUCCUCCUGGUUCAGAAUCAGCGCUGGAAGGACAGCCUGUGUUCCCGCAACACAGUCGAGUAUCACCGCCUGGACCAGAACGUCAACGAAGCCAUGCCGUCCCUCAAGAUCACCCGCGACUACAUCUUUUGAGCCACAGUCAGAAAACCAGUGAGCAGACCUUCUCGGAGCCAGUUGGUUUUCCUUCCUGACCAGUUGCAUUUUUUGUGAAUUGAUGCUGAGUCGUCCUUUGGUUCUUUGCUCUCUCAAUCUGUCAUCUCUAUUUGUUAUAUUUUAUCUUAAAUACUCCAUUUUUUUGUUUUGUAAAUUAAUUAUGUCUUGGGAUUUUAUAUUUUGAAUCAUUAGGGGGCUUUUAUAUAUGUGUAUAUAUAUGUAUAUAUGUAUGUGUAUGUAUAUAUAUAUAUACAUAUACAUAUACAUAUAAAAUCAUUUUACCCUCUCUCGCAUAUUGUUUUAAUAUAAUUUAAUGCCACAUUAAGACACACACGAUAAAUAAUAGAUGUUUUCUCUUACUUAAUCGGUCAAGACUUGAAUUUGCACACAAAACAUCGGUCAGGUCAUGAGAGGCAAAAAACAAAAGGUAGAUGCAUGUAUUUGUAUAUAAAUAUACAUCCCAAAAUCGUAUUUAAGUAAGAGAAAUAUUGGGACAUUUCAUGCUCUUUUUUUUUUUAAGUCACCUUUAAAUUUUCUUUUCUAUUUUUUACAUUUGACAUAAAAUGCCUUUUCAUUGAUGCUGUUCACUGAGCGUUAGGUGACUUGUCUUUCAUGUUCUGAAGCCAUUUCAAUGAAGACAAAUGCUGUAUAUUCAGGUUCUAUGACGUACUACUACUAACAAUAAUACUAAUAAUCUAUGGGAGAGGCUUUUCUUGGCAGAUGUUCCCCCUGUUCCUCAGUUUAGACUGAACUCGUCUUAUAUAUUAUAUUAUGGUACCUCUUCUACGUCUACUGGCCAGAUUUUGCUAUGCAGAAAUCUUAGGGCCCCUCUUUGUUUUAUGACUUCGGUGAAGUCCCUGUCGACCACGUGUCCUUGUGGCAAAAAAGAAAAAGUGACUGUUGUGUUACCUUUUGCUCACACAAGUCUUUCAGUCUUUGCUUCCCCCCCCCUUUCUCAUCGUACAAAGACGGUGAACUGUUUGUCUGUGUGGCUUCAAUGUUGCACCAAACUCUUUUUCACCGUCUGAUUUUAUCUCAUGCUUUCAGAUAAGUUCUCCUGAUCGCCUCGUUUUGAGAACGAGGUGCACGAUAAACGGAUAGGUUAAUGCGAUGAUUUGCACUGUGCUGUUCUGAGUAUAAUAAGGGUGGGAGGAGUCCCGUGUCAAGGUGAUGGAACUUGUAAUCAACACUAGAAACUGUACAAUCUCCUUUUUUGUCAAUAAAGCACACAUUGGGUACAAAGAA